AUGCUCAUUUUCUCUGUGUUCAAAACCCUAACAGACCAGCAGGUCACUGUCGAGCUCAAGAAUGAUCUCUCGAUUACCGGUGUACUCAAAUCGGUCGACCAAUUUCUGAAUAUACGACUUGACAAUAUCACCGUAUUGGACGAAGCCAGACAUCCACAUAUGAUGGCCGUGAAAAACUGCUUCAUUCGUGGAUCUGUCGUUCGUUACGUGCAAUUGCCAGCAGAGCAUGUUGACACACAGCUACUAGAGGAUGCAACACGCAGAGAGGCUCAGAAUCAAAUGAAGCGGUGA